UUUUUCUAUUGGUCUUGUAAUUGUAAAGCUUUGGCAACGGCUACACAUGGGCUCUUCGAGCGGUGGCCGAAACAACUAGUUUUGUAACUUUUAACCGACGCCCAAUCCAGAGAAAUUGGAACCUUGUUGUACCCGAUGGUUCCCCUCGUUUCGACGCCCUGGACAUCUGGUUCCUGCUCUUAGCCAUUCUGCUCAAGUUUGACAGAGAAGAAAAGAAGACGAAGAUGAGGGCCUGGAGACGCACUUCUUCUUCUUCUGCUUUUCAAUUGCGUCUCCUUCUACUUGGUAACUCCUUCUCUCUUUCUCCUCCUAUUUUCGUUUCUUCUUUCAAAUACCCAUUUCUCUCUACCUCUUCCACCCGGUUCAAGAAAUCCAAGUAUGUGUUUCACAAAAUUGAUGAUGCCUUGGAUUUGUUCAAUCACAUGCUUCAUACCUACCCCCGCCCUUCUAUUGUUGAGUUUACUAGAUUACUAGGUGCGAUUGUUAGAAUGAAGCAUUAUGAAACUGCUAUUUCUCUGUUCAGACAAAUGGAUUUACUUGGAAUCAGACAUGAUGUUUAUACUCUCAGCGUUUUGGUUAAUUGCUUUUGCCACUUGCAGUGUUCGGAUUUUGGGUUUUCGCUUUUGGGAAAAAUGUUGAAGCUGGGUAUUCAACCUGAUACUACCACAUUUAACACCCUGGUCAAUGGGUUCUGUUUUGAAGGUAAAAUAGCUGAAGCAGUGAUAUUGUUUGAUGAGAUUGUCAGGAAUGGUUACCAACCUGAUUUGAUUACUUAUAAUACCAUAAUAAAUGGUCUUUGUAAAGUAGGCUACACUAGUGGAGCUACUAAAUUGUUAAGGAACAUGGAACAAAGUGGCUGUGUGCCUGACAUCGUGACAUACAACACAAUCAUCGACUGUCUUUGUAAGGAUAAGCUUGUACCUGAGGCUUCAAACCUUUUGUCUGAAAUGAGAGGUAAAGGUAUUCCGCCGGAUGUUGUGACUUAUAAUUCUUUCAUUCAUGCUAUGUGUAGUUUGGGCCAGUGGAAUGAAGUUAUGAGAUUAUUGACAGAAAUGGUUGCCAAUAAUUGCAAGCCAAACAUUGUCUCCUAUAGUAUAUUGGUUGAUGCAUUUUGUAGAGAAGGAAGGGUUUCAGAGGCUUGUGACACUAUCGAAGUAAUGAUUCAACAAGAUGUUGAUCCUAAUACUAUUACAUAUACUGCAUUGAUGGGUGGAUAUUGUUUGCAAGGCAAAAUGGAAGAGGCUAGAAAGGUUCUUAAUUUGAUGAUUACCAAGGGUUGUGUACCUAAUAUUUAUAGUUACAGCAUCAUGAUCAAUGGAUAUUGUAAAUUUCAAAAGAUAGAUGAGGCCAUGGAACUUUUUCACGAAAUGUCUCGAAAUGGAUUAGUCCAUAACACUGUUACUUACAAUACUCUUAUAAAAGGAAUGUGCCAUCUAGGGAGGCUUUCGGCAGCACUAGAACUUUUCAAAGAAAUGAGUACUUGUGGCCUUGUUCCAGACAUGAUGACUUACUCUAUUUUGUUACAUGGCUUAUGCACCCAUGGUCAUGUUGAUGAGGCAAUGGAACUUUUUCACGUUAUGCAGAGCAAUGGGAUAGAAGCUGACAUAGUUCAUUACAGUAUCAUAAUUGAUGGCUUAUGUCAAGUUGGGCAACUUAAUGUUGCAAGAAAAUUAUUUUGUGCACUCCCAGUCAAAGGGUUGCACCCUAAUGUUUAUACUUGUAAUAUCAUGAUCAAAGGACUUUGUAAAGGGGGGCUACCAAAUGAAGCAUAUGAUUUGUUUAGGAAAAUGGAAGUGAAUGGCUGCUUGCAAGAUAGUUGUUCUUACAAUACAAUGAUCAAAGGAUUUUUCCAAAACAAUGAUGUGUCAAGGGCAGUGCAAAUUUUACAUGAGAUGGUUGAUAAAGGAUUUUCUGCAGAUUCUUCAACAGCAACAAUGGUAGUGGAUUUAUUGUGUAAAAAUGGAGGAGAUCAAUCUAUUCUUGAGCUGCUUGUUAGAAACUCUGCAGAUGAUCAAAAUGUCAACAUGAAAUAUAUACAAUUUUUUUUACUUUGCAAUUGCGUCUCCUUCUACUCGGUAACUCCUAUUUUCGUUUCUUCUUUCCAAUACCCAUUUUUCUCUACCUCUUCCCCCCGUUUCAACAAAUCCAAGUAUGUGUUUCACAAAAUUGAUGAUGCCUUGGAUUUGUUCAAUCAUAUGCUUCUUACCCAUCCCCGCCCUUGUAUUGUUGAAUUAACUCGUAAGCAUUAUGAAACUGCUAGUUCUUUGUCGAGACAAAUGGAUUUAUUUGGAAUCAGACCUAAUGUUUAUACUUUCAACAUUUUGCUUAAUUGUUUUUCCCCCUUGCAUCGUACGGAUUUUGGGUUUUCGCUUUUAGGAAAAAUGUUGAAACUGGGUAUUCAACCUAAUAUUAUCACAUUUACCACCCUGGUCAAUGGGUUGUGUUUUGAAGGUAAAACAGCUGAAGCAGUGAUGUUGUUUGAUGAAAUUGUGAGGAACGGUUACCAACCUGAUUUGAUUACUUAUAAUAACAUAAUAAAUGGUCUUUGUAAAGUAGGCUACAAUAUUGGGGCUAUUGGAUUGUUAAGGAACAUGGAACAAAGUGGCUGUAUACCUGACAUUGUGACAUACAACACAAGAAUUGACAGUCUUUGUAAGGGAAAGCUUGUAGCUGAGGCUUUAAACCUUUUGUCUGAAAUGACAGGUAAGGCAUUUUCUCAGAUGUUGACUUAUAAUUGUUUAAUUCAUGCCAUGUGUAAUUUAGGCCAACGGAAGGGAGUUGAGAGAUUAUUGACAGAAAUGGUUGCUAACAAUUGCAAACUAAAUGUCUCUUAUAGUGUAUUGGUUGAUGCAUUUUGUAAAGAAGGGAGGGUUUCAGAGGCUCGUGAUAUUGGCGAAGGAAUGAUUCAACAAGGUGUUGAUCCUAAUACUAUUACAUCUAAUGCAUUGAUUGAUGGAUAUUGUUUGCGAGGCAAAAUGGAAGAGGCUAGAAAGGUUCUUAAUUUGAUGAUUACUAAGGGUUGUGUACCUAACGUUUAUGGUUACAGCAUCAUGGUGAAUGGAUUUUGUAAAUUGCAAAAGAUUGAUGAGGCCAAGGAACUCUUUCAUGAGAUGUCUCGAAAUGGAGUAAUCCCAAACAGUGUUACUUACACUGCUUUUAUAAAUGGCAUGUGCCAAGUAGGGAGACUUGGGGUAGCACGGGAACUUUACAAAGAAUUGAGUGCUCGCGGCCUCGUUCCAAACACGGUGACUUACUCUACUUCGUUACGUGGCUUAUGCAAGCACGGUCAUGUUCCUGAGGCAGUGGAACUUUUUCAUGUUAUGCAGAGCAAUGGGAUAGAAGCUGACAUAGUCCAUUAUAAUAUCGUGAUCAAAGGACUUUGUAAAGAAGGGUUACCAAAUGAAGCAUAUGAUUUGUUCAGGAACAUGGAGCUGAAUGGUUGCUCACAAGAUAGUUGUUCUUACAACACAAUGAUCAAAGGAUUUUUCCAAAACAACGAUGUGUCAAGGGCAGUGCAAGUUUUACAUGAGAUGGUUGGUAAAGGAUUUUCUGCAGAUUCUUCGACGGCAACAAUGGUAGUGGAUGUAUUGUGUUGAAAUGGAGGUGAUGAAUCUAUUCUUGAGCUGCUUCUUAGAAAGUCUGAGGAUAGAUCAAUACGUCCACAUGAAAUGACUUGUUAUCCAUCAAACAAAGAUUCUGCUCUGAAAGUUUUUCUAUGCUGCAAAGAAAUAUUGUAGCCCUAAUUAAGUUCUCCUGAAAUCAGUUUUCUUGAAAUUGAGGAAGAAGGCAAUGUUCGUCACCUCUACUCUAUUUGUUUUGGUUGUGCUUCUAGGUUAUGGUGGUAAGCAAUUUUCAUUUGCAGAAAAUAUAAAGAGGGGCCUUAUUCCUAAUACUAUUUGUUUCAUGCUCUUUACCCUACUUGACAUACCGGGAACAAUGGUGGAUUCAUACCAGCUUGUUUCCAAUAUUAAUUGGUUCAUAUGAAAUCAUUGUGAAUGUACCAAUUUCUCGGCUUUUUUAUCAAUCUUAAUUGGGCUAGAGUCCAAACAUCGGCUCCUGGAGCAGUAACCCAACAGAUCGUCUUUCACCAACCCUAAACUAUUAUUAGAAAUUAGAACCCUCCUUUAGAGGCCCUUGAUAUCGGUUUCGUUCUGUUUCUUGCUGAUCACUCUGUUCAAGCAGAAGCCAUGCAAAAAACGACUUCAAUCAACAUCUCCACAUUUCUGAAAUUUCCCAAACUUGUUACCUGUUGGCUCUCUGAUAGAAAUUCCAGGCGGCCCUA